AUGCCCGGCCUCUUCUCCAGAAGAUCCAAAGCAAAGGGGCCCACCCAGCUCUUCUCUUCCAAGGAGUAUCUGGGCGCGGUCAGCUCGGCGGACAUUGAUCGACUCGGCCUAUCAUCACCUACACCCAGCACCGCGGAUGCUCACCUGCUGCCUCAGGUGCCGACCAAAGAUGACCUUCCUCGCCCACCAGCCAAAGACUCGGCAUCCAGCUCCGGUCACGAUGGUCCCAGCAGCAGUAGUCACAGCUCCCACUUUCGGCCAUCUCCGCUCCCUCACGGCACUGGAGAGAUGAACGAGUUCGGUCAACUGCGCAGUCCAAACGCGCCGAGGCCUUCGACCUUCUCUGCAUCGUCUCAAGGUACCGAGCGGUCAUACCUGCCGUCGGCAUCGGCUGCGACGUUUUCUGGUGGUCGUCGGCUGGCACCGACGAGCACAUUACGCAGCGUCUCUUCAAAGUCGCAAUUCGCACAGGCUCGACCAUCCACCGCGUCAGCAUAUGACACUUCGCUCACCAACAAUCUCGCGUACAAAGCCACCUACGCUUAUGGGUAUACACCCGAGGGGUGGCAUGUCCACUUGGAAGCGGCGCGUGUGCUAGCUCUUCUCGAGGCUUGCAGCGAACAGAUUCGGAGCCGCGGUCUCGACAAUCCUCUCAUCUUCUCCUCCAUGGCGCUGGAUCUCUCACCCACCAGUGUUGCGUCCAUGAUCAUGCUGUUCGCAGACACGUCGAGCAGACAGCGCGUGCUCCCCUCCGAGUUCCUGGAAGAGAUACGGUAUGCCAAUCCUCAUGACCUCGCAGCCGUCAUCAAGUGGGCCUUUGCACGGAUGGGCCGCGUCCUUGCAGUGCCAGUACCCGUGCAAGGACCAAAGCGAGGCGAGAUGCGCGAAGAGAUGGUCUACGUGCAGCAGCGCGGCUUCCUCGAGCUCGAGAGCUACAACACCUGGCGCGAACAGGAGCGCAGACAUCAAUACCCAGCAGCCGCCUUCACAGAUUUCCUCUCCCCUCUUGCACCAGAGAAUGCGAAGCUGCUUAGCUCGCUGUUCUCGCUUCUCUCGUCGACAGCGAGCUACUCGCUCAAGAACGGCAUGAUGCCCGCCCGACUCGCCAAGCAUUUUGGUCCUCUGAUCUUUGGGCUGCCCGAGGACGAGACUUUCGCUCGUACCUAUGAAGCGUACGUCCGUGCAAGCAAUGCUACCGAGCACCUGCUCUUGUCCUACAUUCGAUUCCAGGCCACGACAGAGACCUUGCCUCCAAGGCUCGCACAGCACAUCAGUGGCUAUCCCGCCAUGCUCGCCACCGAAAUGACGGUUCCAUCCGCUUCCUCCAAGCUGGUCCCUGUGACACAGAUUGAGCGCAAUGUGCGCUUGUACAGCGCCGACCUGGUGCAGUCCGCUUGCGAGAUCGAGAUUGCCAACUCGUGUCCCGAAUGGAAGGAUUGCUGCGAUACCAAUGAGGUUCUUGGCAAAGACCCGCAGCUCUCGGACAAGUUCAGGAAACUCGUCAACCUUCGUGGCGGUGCCAUUCAGGGCCGACGACCAAGCUCAUCAAAGGCGCGCGACGCUUCCAUCGACGAGGACGAUGCUGUGGCCGCACACUCUUCGCUCGUCAGCAAACAGUGGGACGACUUUAUGUUUGGCGGCUUUUCUGCGCCCGACUCUUCCAAGCUCGCUUUUGACUUGAACGAGUCGGUACGACGCAAUCGCACUGCUAAGCGCGAAACGAUGCAGUGGAACGAGUUCUCCAAGGCCGGCUUCCAGAAUGGAGAAAGCGGGACGCUAGCUGAUGUGCUCAGCUUCGACGACGUGCUCAGGCAGGAUGUCCGGAAUUGGCCCUCGGAGCGUGAUCAAUUGAACGCCAAGCUCAGGUCACAGCAGGACAAGCUGCCAGCUUUCAACUACGACAACACCCCUCGACUUGUGGCCAGCCCAACGCUGGCCGGAACGCCGCAGGGCAAGCUGGCUAGCAACCCCAUCAGCCGCAUGGACGAGACCUUUGCCGACGUAUGGGCUGACUACCUGGUGGGGAGCGGCUGGAGCAAUCGCGACGAGCUGACGCAUCGUAAUGCCAACUUUGCGGUGGUGCAGUACAAGUCGCGCCCCAACGCUAGCACCGUAGGCUCUCAAAGUGCAGAGUCGAACCUGGCAGCUCCCACCAGCUUCCAGGUCUCGGCGAGGAAGGACGAGAGCUUGCCCAAGGACGAGCGAGUCGACGCUGCCUGGUUCGUUGUUCAGGAGAUCGUGCCUGCUCAAUACCGUGCAGAUCUCGAGGCAUCUGGUCGGGGUGUGUCGAAGGGUCGAGCCAUGCUUCGCAAACUGACCGUGUUCCGCUCGCGCAAGGACAAGGAGAAAGUCAACGGCAAUGGCAAUGGUCACGCCAACGAGAGAUCGAUGGACUCUGCGGAUGAUGUCUUCAGGCCAGGUCCGGGCGGGUCGACCAAACGUAUCCUGCUUGCCGAUCAGCUUGAACGAGUCGGGUCGAAGAAUGCGUCUCAAGCAACACUGCGGAGCAACAGGACGAGUGUCGACCGGAGUCGACCGAGCAGCGCUCUUGCAGGGGCUAUCAGGACUGAUGCCGAUCAGGGCGAGGCAACACCUGUCCAAGAGCCCGUCUCUAACGCCCACGCUCCCUCUCGCAGCGAAGGUCAACAUACCGGCAGCAAGUUUAUGUCGACGUUGCGAGCCAAGAGCAUUCGUGUGGUCAAGUCGGCUCGCAGUCGCGCAUCCAGCCCUGCGCUCAAGUCUCAGGCGGUGGCCUCCAACGAUUUUGGCGCUCAAUCUUCACCGAGAACAGGCAACCCUUCACCCUUGCAGCCUAAUGACGCCUACGCCGACAACUCCUUCACUAGCGCAGACUAUGAGACGAGGACCAUCGCUAUCGAUGCCUCACCCCCCAUGGGCGGCAACGAUGUGAGCAUCGAUUCGUCUUCCGCAGCACCAAAGCAGAAGCACGGCCAAUCACGAGCGAGGGAGAGCAACGGCCGGACCGAAGCAUGGGUCGACAUCUCGGUCAAGCACAAUGGCAAUCGAGUGGUGGACCGGGACGUUCCUCACACGUCUAUGCGCAAGACCUCGCUCGGAUUGAACACUCGCGCGGACGACACCGCCCAGCUGUCUCUCAUGGACCCCGAGACAGGUGCUAGCACCCCUCGCCUUGGCGACGAUGCGGACGCCUUUGAUGAGGGUCCGCGUUCCUCGACACCUCCACUGCCUGCGAACGGGGUGCUGGUUGGUCUGGGGCUAGACGACUCGCAAGCGGACCGCUCAAGCAUUGCCUCGGACAUCCCGAUGCGCGACGCCUCUCUCCGCGACGCCACACCGCUUCCCGCCCAACCCGACCUGCCGCUCGUCCCUGCACCUGCAAUCGAUCCCGUCGUUGCGGCACGGGCGGCGCUGAAAUCACGUCGCGAAGCCCCGCCCCGCGCACCGGCGCAGAUCGACGCCAAGAAGCUGGUCGAGUCGCUGCGUGCGGGAUUGUCGCCCAUCGAAGCGGUGCGUGCGAGCAAGGAGGGCACUGCACCCACCUCCCCGCCGUUAUCGUCUUUUGGCGAUGUGAGUCUCAAGAGUCCGACCACGUCCGCGCCGGCCCCUGCAGCAGCAUCGGCGGCGGGGAGGAGCAAGACAUAUCGCGAUCCGUUCGCCAAAGACCCGGUUGCGGGGCGUGUUGCUGAUGUAGCGUCCAAGUUCGGCGGUCGGGCUGGUGUGCCAAGCAAGAAGGGGGACGUGGAGAAGCCGCUCCCCGCGUCGCCUGCCGUGGAGAGGGAUCCAGACGAGAUCUACCCAGAGGACGCAGUGUCGAACCACGCCACGCCGGUGCACUCGGUCGACACACCCGCUGCACGCCUCGACCUCGCCGCUGCGGGAGAGAUGGAGACGCUCAGCCCGCAAGCCGGCGUGUACCAGUGGAGGAAGCAUGGGCUGGAAGCGAAAGGCGAGGAGCAAGGCGCAGCCGAGGUGCCUACCAGAUUCGCAGAGCCCUACCAGCCGGGUAUGCCGCUAGACAACGUUCUGGAGGAGAGCGAGAGCGCUGUUAGUGGCAACACCAAUGUCUGA